AUGCUUCCCAAGACUUUCUUCACUGCUGCUCUUGGCCUCAUGGCCGCAAGCACUGCCUUGGCCACUCCUGUCAGCCAUGGAAACCAGGUUGCCACUAUCUCAACCCGAUCUCCCGAGCCCCUGAGCUUGGACGAUAUCUUCAAUGGAAUCAAGAAGGGUAUUGAGAAGCUCAAGGAGAAGGUCGGUGGCGGGAAGAAGGAUUCCGCUCCCAAUCCGGGUUCGGACUCCCCCCCGAGCAACUCUACUCUCAAGGUCCGCAUGCACAAGCGCACUCCCGAGCCUCUCGGCGUCGACGACGUGAUCAGCGGCGUCAAGGCGGGCAUCGACUUGAUCAAGGGCCUCAAGGGCGGCGACAAUUCCGGCAACGGGGAUGCCUCUGAGAGCAAGCUCUCACAGAUGAUUUCCAAGAUCAAGGGCAGCAUGGACGCCCUCAAGAACCUCUUCAAAGGCGGCAAGAAGGAAGGCGGCAAGAAGGGCGGCGAGGAAGAGACAAAGCCGGAAAAGCCGGGCUCCGGCCCCAGUGCCGGUGGCAACAGGACUUCCGUUGGCGGUGGCAACAGGAACAACUCUACCAACUCUACCACCCGCGCUUCUCUUCACAGGCGAGUCGUCUAUCUGCACGAUUAA